UAGUGAAUCCGCUCACUAGUUACCGUUCAUUAUUAUCGGCCUAAAACAUAGAAUCAUUACUUCAUUAUCAUAUCCUAAUGAAUAAACUCCGACCUGACUGAUCUGUGGAGAUGGGAGUAUUAAAGAUAAGCGAGCAGUCACUCCUUGUCCAGGCAGUAUUUAGCCAGAAUGCUGAAAUGGUGGAAUUUUUGUUGGAGCAAAAUGAAGAAGUCAAUGAAUUGGACCACGAGUGCCGCACUGCAUUGCAUGCUGCAUCUUAUGUUGGUGGUGUUUAUAUCAUGGACCUCCUCAUCAGUUCAGGUGCUGAUGUUAAUGCUAAAGACCAGGAGUGGCUGACUCCUCUGCAUCGAGCAGCUGCCUCACAGAAUGAAGGGUCUGUUGUGCUGCUGCUGAGAAAGGGAGCCGAGGUGAACGCGCAGGACAGGUUCUGUCAGACGGCGCUGCAUGUAGCUGCAGCCAACAGAGCGAUGAAGUGUGUCGAUACUCUGAUUCCUUACGUGAGCAGUCUGAAUGCAGCAUAUCGCUUCGGGAGAACCGCUUUACAUCACGCAGUCCACAGUGGACAUGCAGAGACAGUGACACUGCUCCUAAAUAAAGGAGCCAACGUGAGUGCCAGAGACAUAAAGGACAGGCAGCCUAUCCAUUUGGCUGCUCAUCUAGGGCAUCUGGAGGUCGUCAGGCUCUUAGUAGCGUGUAGUGCUGAUGUGUCCUGCAGGGACAAGCAGGGGUUUACUCCUCUACAUGCGGCUGCUCUCGGUGGACACACUGAAGUGGUCCAGUACCUGCUGAAACAUGGAGCAGAGAUUGAUGAAGCAGAUGGCUCUGGUAACAGUGCUCUCCACAUGGUUUGUUACGCUGGGCAAAGGGCUGUAGCUAGUGAGCUGGUUAACUGUGGUGCCAGUGUUAACCGGUCAAACGUGCGUGGAUGCACGCCGCUGCAUCUGUCUGCUGCCUCCGCUGAUGGAGUCCUGUGUCUGGAGCUGCUGGUCAAUAACGGGGCAAAUGUUCACAUUCCGAAUAAAGCCGGGAAGAGUCCUUUGCAUGUGGCUGCCAUUCACGGACACUUCACCCGUUCCCAGAUACUCCUUCAAAAUGGUGCAGAGGUGGAGUGUGUUGAUAUAUAUGGUAAUACUCCUCUUCACUCUGCUGCUAAACAUGGUCAUGAGUUGCUCAUCACUACACUCUUGAAUAACGGUGCGGAUGUGGCCAGGCGAGGCAUUAAUGGCAUGACUCCAUUGCACUUGGCGGUGUUUUACGGAUUUUCAGACUGUUGUCAAAAGUUACUCUCCUCAGGUAAAAAUCAUAUACAUAUGACAGCUUUGUCUAACAAACAUUUACUCUUGGCAGGGUUUGAUAUAAACACCGUGGACAGCCUGGGAAGGACAUGUUUGCAUGUAGCUGCUUCAGGCGGAAAUGUUGAAUGUCUUAAAUUGCUGUUAAACAGUGGUGCUGCUUUGAAUAAAAAGGACAAUUUUGGAAGGUCUCCUUUGCACUACACAUCCGUGAACGGCUCAUAUCUGUGUACAGUGGCUCUGGUGAAAGCUGGAGCUGAUGUUAAUGAACUGGAUGUGAAUGGAUGCAGUCCACUGCACUACGCAGCUGCUGCCCAAACCUCACACAGGUAUAACACUUAUAACACUGCCCUGCGUACAGCUGAUUCGGAAAGUAUUCAGACCCCUGCAUUUUUCCACAUUUUGUGUUUGGAGUUUCUUUUGCAUAGUGGUGCUGAUCCAACGCUGCGUGACAGUAAAGGCUUCAGUCCAGUCCACUACGCAGCUGCCUGUGGUGACAGACACAACCUAAAAUUGCUCAUAGAAAUGUCUUUCAAAUGUGUGGAAGAUGUGGAGAGUUGUGUUCCUGUGAGCCCUUUUCACUUAGCGGCGUAUAAUGGUCACAGUGAAGCUCUUCAGGUGCUGUCCGAAACACUGGUUAAUGUAGACAUACAGGAUCCCAGGGGUCAUACAGCUCUGUAUAUGGCUGCUCUGAGAGGUCACGGCCCCUGUGUGGAGCUGCUGCUGCUUCAAGGGGCCUCGUAUGCCAUCAGGGAGCACAUCCACAGAUGGACACCACUACAUGCUUCAGCUGCCAGUGGUCAAACUGACUGCCUGCUCAUGAUGUUGCAAAGAGACGAAAAAAAUGACAUAUUUGACCUCAUGGACAUACAUGGACAGACUCCAUUGAUGCUGGCUACACUGGGCAGUCACAUUGACUGUGUCCACAUGCUGCUUGAGAGAGGAAGUAAUCCAGACACUGGAGACAGAAGAAGCCGCACUGCGUUGCAUCGCGCAGCAGUAGUUGGUAGUGAAGAGUGUGUCUCGGCUUUGCUGGUGCAUGGAGCCUCCUCUCUGUGCAGGGACAUUUAUGGCAGAAGCCCUUUGCACUUGGCUGCCUCUUGUGGUCACGCAUGGCUGUUGCGUCCUUUACUUGAUGCAGCAUCACUCUCAGACCCCCUUGACUCUCUGCUAGACUACAGUGCCUACACACCUACUCACUGGGCUGCUUACCAUGGGCACAAUGACUGUCUAGAAGCUUUACUUGAAUAUAGGCCAUCAAGCUUUCAGGAAGGAAACCCCUUCACACCACUGCACUGUGCACUAAUUGCUGGUCAUGAUGGUGCUGCUCGACUGCUUGUUGAAACUAUGGGAACAAAAAUCGUGAACCUCAUAGAUGGCAAAGGAAGGACUCCCUUACAUGCAUCUGCGUAUGCGGGAAAUGUCGCAGCGCUGAAGUUGGCAUUGACCUGCGGCUCACAUGUAAACUCAGUCGAUUAUACAGGGCGCUCUGCAUUAAUGGUUGCUGCUGAGAAUGGGCAUACUUCUGCUGUGGAUAUCUUGCUUCAUCAGGCCGGGGCAGACCUCUCGCUGCUGGACAUCGACAGGAACUCAGCACUUCAUAUCGCCUGUAGAAGAAGUCAUGAAAUGUGUGCUCUUCUCAUUCUGGCGGAGACUGACGACCCAACUCUCAUCAAUACCACAAACACUGCACUUCAAACACCUCUGCAUAUUGCUGCAAGAAAUGGUCUUGCCACUGUGGUUGAGGUGCUGCUUACUCGAGGUGCAACGGUUCUGGCCAUUGAUCAAGAUGGACAUAUUCCGGCUUUGGCAUGCGCACCGAACAAAGAUGUGGCAGACUGCUUGGCUCUUAUAAUUUCCACAAUGAUGCCUUUUUCUGCUGGCACCAGCUGCGGCAUCAGUCUGAUGAAGCACUGUGGCAUUGCUGCAUCCCAUCAGCCCUUGUCCAAAACCGUGCCUAUACAACUGAUUACAGAGGAACCAUAGAGCUGAGUGGACACCAAACAAUAUACUGAACUCCGCCACUCUUUUGACUUUGAACUCCUCUUAUCUAUUCAGAAGGUAUUAGAAUGUAAUUUUUAUUGUACAAUAUUACACAAUGCUACUGUUUUAGCAUCAUGCAGUAUAUACUGUGACAUAUUCAUUUGUAAUACAGUACAUCUUUAACUGCACCAUUCCAUUAUGUGCUGAAUUCCUCCUUUAUAUGUAGCCUUAGAAAGUAACUACAAUAUCUGCUACUGUUUUAGCAUCAUAUAGUAUACAUGGACAGAAAUGUAUUCAUUUGUGUUUGCAUGUGUGGGUACUCUAAAUACGAAUUUAUCAUUUCACUUUUAUCUCAGCUUAUUACUGAUACAUUUACCAGCUUUUUUGGACACUUUUUCUGUAUUUUUGAA